CUCGGCCUGAACGGGUCACCCACAUCAAAGCAUCGAGGAGCGCCGCUGUUACCUCUUCAGUGUCCAUCAUCAACAGACUGUCUGCAGCAGGCUACAGGUGCAUAAACUCAUCACUGCAGGACAGAGGUUGUCAUGAGGGCGGCGUGUGUGAUCAUCUUGGCCUCUCUGACGGUGUCCUUGUCACCCGUGAUCCAGUGUCAGGCUCUGCCGGGUGAGGGUGACCCAUCUCUGGAUGAGCUGUUCCAGCGUGCGGAGAGUCUUCUGAUCCGCUCCAUUCUCACACAGAUGGAGGACGAGAACAACGCCAACGGAGAGCAGACGGAGUGGCUGGAGAAGAGACAGCACCCGGGCAAGCGACAGCAUCCCGGUAAGCGCGAAGACGCGGAAUACGAAGAUGAGGCUUCCGCCCUCCAGAAGAGACAGCAUCCCGGCAAGCGCGAAGAGGAGGACAGCGCCCGGCUGAGGAGGCAGCACCCCGGGAAGCGGCUGACUCUGGAGCAGAUGAUGCUGGAGGAGCCCACCGCGCAGAGCGAGCUGGCCAAACGGCAGCACCCCGGGAAACGCUACCUGAUGCUGCUCCACAAACGACAGCAUCCCGGCCGACGCGAGCUGCAAGAGGCAGCGGAAGACUUUUCGGACCUAGCCAAGCGCCAGCAUCCCGGGAAGAGACUGUGCGAGGACUGGGAGGUGGCCGGCUGCGAUCAAGCCAGCAUCCUGCUCGAGCUUCUGGACAACGUCAACAAAAGUCGCGCAGAAGAGAAGAGACAACAUCCCGGGAAACGCUUUGAGUUAGAGGACGAUCUCACGGAACAAGAGUAACUGUGAAAAGAGUUUGCCGAAUUGUCUGAGUUGUUAAAACGGAUGAGUAAGUAAGUGUUCAUUGCUUUCCACAGCAUCCGAUUCAUGGAAAACGCAGCUGUGUGUUUUACCGGUCGCUUUCACGUUUCUCGUUUCGUUCAAGGAAGAGGCUGUUCGGUUAAUCUCAGUUAAUUGUGCGUCGUUUUUCGUUUCUGCACCAGUUGUGCGCGUGGUUGCGCGCGCGGUCAAAUCUGUUCCACAUUCCGCUGUAAGACUCGGCUUUUGUUCAGCCACAGCUGUGCUGCUCGAAGAGGUUCGUCUCAAUCGAAAUGUCCCUUAAUUGGCCGAACCUGACCCGUAUUCGGUCUGUUUCGGGAAUCAUUUCACUAAUGCAUGGGAGCAGAAAACAUCUCCAGCGAGAUCCCCAAAUCACGCCAGUGUCCAGUGUAAAUCUCCCUUGAUUUGGUUCGCAAAACUAUGAAACGGGUUGCCGAAAUAUUUUUCUACAGUAGCUUAAUUCUUGCAUGACUUGACCUGUACAUUUUCAUGAUUUAUUUUUGUUCUAUUGAUAAAGAGCAUAUAAAUGACAAUAAUGUUGUACAAUAAAAUGCUUUCGAUGCGAAUGUCUGCUUUGGGUUUGAGCUUCAAA